GUUGAGCAAAGCAGACUGCCAUAUGGGCAGAAGAGCGGGGCCUGUCCUGCACUGCGGCCCCCGCCAGGGGCCGUGAGGCGGCGUGGAGACCUGUGCACACUCCCGGGGGUUCAGCGAGUGUCUUUCUAAAAGUUGUCACAGGGAGGACGGAGGCCCGGCUGUCUCAGUGUCACAGGAACAAGUAGCGUCUCAGAAGAGCCCGUCAGGACCGAGGCCUCACCCAUCGAGCAGGGAGCUGCAGCCAUGGAGGGGGAGGAGGAGGAGCCGCCUCAGGAGGCUGCCACAGGGCCAGUCGCAACGUCUGGGGCUGCAGAGUCGGGGGCUGCCGAGUCGGUACCCAGGGUGGUUUCUGGAGAACCCCAGAAUAUUUCUGAUGUGGACGCCUUCAACCUGCUGCUGGAGGUAAAGCUGAAGCGGCGGCAUGAGCGGCCCGACCUGCCUCGCACCGUGACGGAGCUGGUUGCUGAGGACGGCAGCCGCGUGUAUGUGGUGGGCACGGCCCACUUCAGCGACGACAGCAAGAGGGACGUCGUCAAGACCAUCCGGGCAGUGCAGCCCGACGUGGUGGUGGUGGAGCUGUGCCAGUACCGCGUGUCCAUGCUCAAGAUGGACGAACGCACGCUGCUGCGUGAGGCCAAAGAGGUCAGCCUAGAGAAACUUCAUCAGGCAGUCCGGCAGAACGGGGUCAUGUCUGGACUCAUGCAGAUGCUGCUGCUGAAGGUGUCGGCCCACAUCACCGAGCAGCUGGGCAUGGCGCCCGGCGGGGAGUUCAGGGAGGCCUUCAAGGAGGCCAGCAAGGUGCCUUUCUGCAAGUUCCACCUGGGCGACCGGCCCAUCCCCGUCACCUUCAAGCGGGCUAUUGCUGCGCUUUCCUUCUGGCAGAAGGUCAAGCUGGCCUGGGGCCUCUGCUUCCUGUCAGACCCCAUCAGCAAGGACGACGUGGAGAAGUGCAAGCAGAAGGACCUGCUGGAACAGAUGAUGGCCGAGAUGAUUGGUGAGUUCCCCGACCUCCACCGCACCAUUGUCUCCGAGCGCGACAUCUACCUGACCUACAUGCUUCGCCAAGCGGCCCGACGCCUCGAGCUGCCACGCGCCUCUGAUGCUGAGCCCAGGAAGUGCGUCCCAUCCGUGGUUGUGGGUGUUGUGGGCAUGGGCCACGUGCCCGGUAUCGAGAAGAACUGGAGCACUGAGCUGAAUAUCCAGGAAAUCAUGACCGUGCCCCCGCCGUCCGUCUCUGGCCGACUGUCUCGGCUGGCCAUGAAGGCCGCCUUCUUCAGCCUUGUGGGCUACAGCCUCUACUGGCUGGGCCGGCGCACUGUCGGCCUGGUCUUGGCACUGCCCGUGGCGCAGGACUGUCUCCAGAGAGUGUCCACCGUCCUGCCGAAGAAGUAGGUGGCGCGGCUCAGCCCGGAGCUGCAGAGGCGUGCUGGAUCCAUCACGAGGCUGCGGAGCAAGAGGGCCAGACCCGGAGGGCGCCCGGCAGAGCCAUCCUGCUGCCGCGCGCAUGUGGUGAGGCUCCUGUGCCCACCACCAGCUCCUGACUGGCUCCUGCCCAGCGUCUACACAGCAAGCCUCACCGCCCCCACAGGGGUCCGGGCCGAGCUCGCUCGCCUCUCCCGUCGCUGAGGCCUCGCCAUCCCCAGCCCGUCAAUAAAGAGGUGUUGGCGGAUCCGAGCGCAGGCUCCCCGCAGCCCACCGCCUCCCCCACGCUAGGAGGCCAGCAGGGCCCAGGUGUGGGGCUGCCCCUUCCCCUCUGCCCCCAGCUCCCGGCUCCAAGGCCGUGGGGCGUUUGGGCUGCAGUAGGCGCCCCUACCUCACUGUGCCUUCUGGUGGUCACUGGUCUCUGGGGACCCCCAGGCCACCGGCAGGAGCACCUGGUCCCCGAGGAUCUCACGGUGGGGUUCUGGGCCAGGCAGGUUUGAGAAAGACUGCGUUGCUCCUGUGUGGGCUUGUGGGCGCCAUCUCCCUCACGGUGGGCACGGGGGCCCUGAUGGGUCUCUGGCUGGCAAGAGUUUCCAUGUUUUUGGCUUUUUAAAAUGUCUGAAAAUUUUUUGCUCAGGUAAUUUUAACUUAAAGCAGUAAAGCAAAUGUCGGAAACACGAGCCUUAAAUCUGGUUGGGACAAAGAGGAAGCCUUUUCUUGGAUCCUUCAGGGGCAGUACGGGCCGGCCGGACCCUCCAGCGCUGCCCCCGACUCCAUUCCCUCCCACUGGGCAGCUGUGGGCUGGGAGGGGCUGGGAGGGACAAGCCUGCUGGGGUGCCUGGUAUGGCCAGCUGACCCUGGAGAGUGCCCACAGGCACCUAAUGGGGCCUAGCCUGCAUGGCACUCCUGCCGGCCUCGUCUCCGCCCGGGUCCUGUUUAUGAGGCGCCGCGGGCAGCUCCAGGCUGGGCCCUGGGCGACCGUUGUCUCAGUGUUGAACCAAAUUGAGGCUGGGGGACCGGGGGCCUCGUCACAGCCCCAGCCCAUCCUCCACAUCAUCCACACUCGUCGGUGUGCACUUUCCUUACGACAUUCAAAUAAAGUCUAAUUUUGGAAGCCCCUGUUUGGUAAAAU